ACCGUACCAAUGCAAAAGUGUAAUCGUGUAAUGUGUACCUAAUAUAUAGGUAUAUACCUACUAAUAUUAUCUUUCUACUGUAGUAGGUACUGUGGCCUAUGCGAAAGAAAAGAGAGGAGAGGAGAGAAGAAGAGACGAGAGUUGUGUGCGCGGCGCAGAGUUUUGUUUGGCGUCCCCGCUGUCCCGUGUCUUCCCACGUCCAGCAGACCAGGAAAAGGAAGAGAGAGAAACUGCGAAGCACUGUGAGAGUAGUGCAUGAAACAAUUAGGUACUUGUACUUACUAGCGAAUGGUGAACAGUUGGUGAAUAAAGAGUGAGGUAAACAUAGAGAGGACAAGCGGCUGUUGUUAUCAGGGAACUUUUAUCACGAAGAGGUUGUACUUAGGUGUCUAUACUUAUGUUACCGGAAAGAAUAAUAGUCGGUCAGUUUGUGCGCGCAUAUGUAUGUGAGAAGCUGGACUGGUAAUUACACCAUCAAGAGUUUUCCUCUCUAUCCUUAGCUUUUAUGGUAAACCUGAAGGACGACAAUUAACAAGAACGGAGUUUACCCUCUACAUAUAUUAUAUACUGUUGUUAUUGCUCUCGGUGUAGGUGUAGGUGUACAUACCACUGCUUCUGCUGGGAAUAAUAUACAUCAUUUUCUAAUAUCGGGUAUAUAUGUGUGUGGGCGAUAAUCGGGGAAGUGCGUCGACGCGGUGUGGAGGUUAUGUCAACUGGAGAAAAGAGAGCGACCGGAUGGGUACUCUUCUGGGUGAUUAGUACCUGAUUGAGUACAUAAAAUAUAGUACGUGCAUCCAGGAUUAAAGGAUCGCCGCCGCCGACAGCUGUCUACCGCUACAUCACUUUUUGCUGGCUAGCUGGGUUUGGGACUUCGGGGAUCAGACACUUUUACUUAUGAGUGUAUGGUAACAUUGUAUAUAUAUACACACAUACACAAAGAGUGCUCGUGCGGCGAAUGCAUAAGUGUGUGCGGCUGCACUUUUGGAACAGACGCGGCCCACAUCGGCCCCAUCGUGUCUUAUUAAAUAUUUUUAUUUUCGUGUUUUGACAAUCAAUUUUACGUAUAGCAUUGGAGAAACUGCAGUGCGUUCGAGGUGUACGAAUUUUCCAUGAGACGGAAUGCAGCGGAUGAAGGGGCAGUCCAACAGUCAAGUGAGCAAUGGCCCAAAGGAUCAUCAACAACCUGGAGACCAUUCCACUGGAGAGGACAUUGGCUUUGAGUCCUGGAGGGGCAACAGUAAUCAGCAUCACUCCAACUAUCCAAUAAACAGCGGUGGCAAUGAUCACUUCAGUCCCUAUUAUGCAAACACAUCUUUUCAGUAUCAAACCUUUGGCGCGGGAGAUGGUACUUGGUCUAAUGGCACAGAUCCUGUGACUUUCUUGCCUGGAUACAGUGGACAAAUGAGCCACGAUGCUUACGGCAUGGAAGGUGUUUUUUCCAAUACUGGAGGAGGCUUUGGUAACUUUGGUCAGCCUUAUCACAACUACUUUCAUGGUAAUGGAGACUUUAGUGCCUGGGGCACGCCAAGAAAAGCCCGCUACGAGGACUACUACCAGCACCGUAGCGGGGACAAUUAUGGUUCUAGUAUUGGUGACAAUAAAGUGAUAGAACAGGGAGUUCAAGGGUUGUCGAUUAGUAAUAAGGUGCAGAGACAGGAUCAGCCUCAGCCCACUUCAUCGCAACAACAACCCGCUUCCGUCUCGGCACCUCUGCCGAAAAUCGAGCCUAAAGAACCCCGCAAGAUAACAUGGGCUAGCGUAGCCAGCCAGCCAGCGAAGCCGGCACAACCUGUGUCCUUGAGUCAAGGCCCUAAAAAGAAAACUGGUAUAGCUCCACCACCGAUGAUACCUGGCAAGCAUAACAUGGACAUUGGUACUUGGGGUGAGGGUAAAUCCUCCAUGCCACCGCCAAAGGCUCCACCACCACCCUCACCACCUACGCUACAACCGGCUAUGCCCUCACCCCAACCAACCGCUUCCACUGCUGUACAGAGACAACUGCCUCAGAGAGGACCAGCGCCUGGCCCACCAUCAGGACCUGCACCUGUAGCCUCUUGCUGGAAUAGACAACCUCAAGGCCCACCUUCACCGUCUACUCAGUUACAAAUGCAUCAUCAACAGUUCCCGCCCCCACAGCAACAGCAUAAUCAGAAUCACCAUCAUCCAAUGCAGAAUCAACAGCAACAUCAUUCUCAGCAUCAACAUCCUCCUCAGUCUCAUCAGCAACAUCAUCCACACCAGCAACAACAACAACAACAACAACAACAACAACAACAACAACAACAACAACAACAACAACAACAACAACAGCAGCAGCAGCAACAGCAACAGAUGUCGACGGCAGUCUUGUCGCAUCCAGUGUUGGACGAGCUAAAAGUCAAAAAUGACUACAACCCAAUUGACUUUGAUCAAACGGCUCCGGGUGCCCGAUUUUUUGUGAUCAAGUCGUAUUCGGAGGACGACAUUCACAGGUCGAUCAAGUACGAGAUCUGGUGUAGCACAGAGCACGGUAACAAGCGGCUGGACCAAGCUUUCCGUGAAGCGAAUCGCGAAUCGGCGCCUCUCUAUCUUUUCUUCUCUGUUAACGGUUCGGGACACUUUUGUGGCAUGGCCCAAAUGGUUUCGUCAGUCGACUACAAGAGCAACAGCUCUGUUUGGUCGCAGGAUAAGUGGAAGGGACAAUUCCGGGUACGCUGGAUUUAUGUUAAAGACGUGCCGAACGUACAGCUACGCCAUAUUAAGCUCGAGAACAACGAAAAUAAGCCGGUUACAAAUUCAAGGGAUGCUCAGGAAGUGCCCCAUGCCAAAGGUGUGCAGGUGUUACGAAUUUUGCAUAAUUAUCGGCACACGACCAGCAUCUUUGACGACUUUGGCCACUAUGAGAGACGCCAGGCUGAGGAGGACCAGCGCAAGGUACCGCCCAAUGCAAUGCAGCACCAUCCACCGUCAAAUCAUAGAGGCAGCGCUGGUGGUGGUGGUAGUGGUGGUGGUAGUGCUGGUGGUGGUGGUAGUGGCGGAGGAGGUGCCAGGGGAUCCCACUCGAAUGAUUCUCACUCCAGGGACCAUCAUGGACCACCACACCAUCAUGCACAUCAUCGCAGGGAUCGCGAUAAUCGCGGUAGAGGCAGAGGCGGCUCACGUCAGUAGCAGCAACUACUCGUGAGUCUCACCACUUACGCCGAUAAUAAACUGAAGAAAAUGAAUUAUACUCUACCUUCGCUUUUACCAAGUAAUGUACUACUUCAACUUGCCAGAACGAUCAGAGAAACGUUGGUCCCGACAUUUGCCGCGACAUUGAUAAUGAUAAUAAUUAGCGUCGUGCACAGCCUCGCAAGCAAACCUGUAUUUCAUUUAAAUGUAAUCGCUAGACGGACCAGUAAUCAGCAGCAGCUGGAGAGUAUCAUUGAAAAACAAAGCAAAAAUGAAUUUGACAGUGCAGUGGUGUCGUCCUCGUCGUUAUGUGCUUUGACUCUUAUUGUUACAUGGUGUUUAUUGAAAUAAGAAAAAAAAAAUCAUCCAAAACGAUUUGAACUUCAUUAAACAAUAAUUAAAACAAAAAUCAUAUAUAAUACAUCAAGAAAAAAAAUGUAUAUGAAUGCGUCAACAAUGUAAAUGGUAUGUAAACAAAAGAGACACAGGACACCGAUUGGUUCAUCGCUCGCCGCGUACAUCUGAGAAAUAAAAAAAAUAAGUAAGAAGGAAAAUAACUGUAUUUACGACACAAUGUGGACACUAUUUCUUGUAUAAUGCUUGAUGAAUGUACUUUUGUUGAAAAUGUUUAAAGAAAUUCUAUAUACAAGCGCAGCGAGUAAAGUAUACUUAUUAAGCAAAAAAGUGUUGUUUGGUUUGAAAGAAUGAACAAAAGAAGAAGAAAAAGGAAUAUCCAUGUACUUUGAAUUUUUAUGGACACAAGAUGACGUGAGUAUUUGAAUGAAUAUAAAACUUAUUAAAUAAAAAAAUGUACACACAUUAAACACAUGUAAUGGUGCCGGAAAAUUCUUAAAAUACAAGUGUGUAUAUAUAUAUAUACACAUAUACAUAUAUAUCUAGUAAGCUCAACAAUUAUGUUAAAAACUUAUCAUUGUCUGCAAUCUAUGCAAAAAAAAACAAAGCAGAAAAUAUUGUUCAUUUGACAAAAAAAAAGAAGAAAGAAAGAAACGAAUGAUAAAGUGCUGCACAGAUACGAAAGUUACAGGAAUUUUCGAAUCACUGUGACGCAAUUGACGAUAAUAACAAUGAUGGUGUAUUAAACUGUAGCUAUUGUAAUUUUUGUGGAAACUUUCACGAGACACGAUUCUUGAUUGUUAAAUAAUAACUGUUAUUAUUUAUCUCUUGAACAAUGUAGAAAGACCCUGGAAUGAAAUUAAUUGUGACUCAUUAAGCAAGUUUACUUUUACAACAAAAAAUUAAGAUGAUAAAUAGCAUGAAAGGAAGUUUUCCAGCCACGAAUGAUAUCUUUUUAUACAAAAACUUGUAGGUCUCUGCCUCUCUAUCUCUUUCUUGGUGCUUCGAAUUUUUGCUCGGAGCUGACUUUCACGAAUUUUGAUAAUAAUUUUAAGAUUUAUUUUGUUCCGUGUCUGAACGAUUAAACAAAAGAGUAUAUUUUACCGUAAUCUAACAAACCAAUGAUAAAGGAAUAAAUAAUUAGUCUGAUGAAAAAUGUUGAUUAUAUUGUUCCUAGAAGACUAUCAUCGACUUUCGUAGUUUAAAAUAUAAUUAUAAACACGAGUGGUACGCUAGAUGCUAUUGUUUGAGAAAAGAAAUCACACACUAUUAUUUCUAAGGAAAGGCAAAGGUUUCAUCCCUUGCCUUUGUUUAACAAUGUUUAGUCUAGAUGAAGAAACAUUGAGUAUAUAAAAACAAGAGCUAAGUGUUAUAAUUUUACUUGACUACCUGUAGUAAUUUUUCGGGAUAUGCAACAGAUCGAUUGUUGAUUGUAAAAAAAAAAAAAAAAAAGAAAAAAAAAGAAAAAGUGACAAAAUUUUUGAAAAGAGAGGAGAGACUAUUUAACUUUGAAGGCCGAACGUUGGUGUAACAUCACGUUCACCGAAAUCUCUGAGUUGCGUGAAAAAUAAAAGGAAAAUUCUUA